CCAAAAAACCUACCAAGCCAUUUUUAGUAUCUGAUUUUCGAAUCAUCUAAUUUAUCCAAAGAAUCCAAAUUUUUCUACUGAAUUUCCGAUUCCUGGGUGCCUCCCUGUCUUUGUCCACCCACCAAGAUCAAUCUCUCUCUCUCUCUAUCUCUCCGUUCCACCUUUCCUCAGGUGAGGAAUGCAACGUUAGAUUAUAUCAGAACAAACCGGCCAGCAUUGUUAGUCAGAAGAGGGAGGGUGCUGGUCCGCGGAGGUAGUCGGACUUCUGCGAGCUUUGUGUCCUCUCUUGUUCUUGUCAAAGCACACUUGUGCUCGCAGAGGUUUUCUUAGUGCACAAGUGGAACUUAAAUUAUCCGGCAUAUGCGAGUGUAAACUUCUUGGGGAGGUGUAUCUCCUGGCAUUAUGGGUGCUGUCUGCUGUUGUUUGAAUACUGAUGAUUUUGAAGAUUAUGUGAAUCCAAAUAGCUCCGCAUUGAGACACUGUCCGUGUGUCAGUUGCUUUGUUCAAAACUUUGUGAAUGUGUAUUCAUCACUGUUCAGCAGAGGGGAAUUGCAGUCUCUCCCCUCAUCCAUUCAGGGGGCUGCAUCAAUGACUUCUGCAGCCUCACUUGAUAGCUCUUUAUCUGACAUGUAUCGCUCUCCUCCAAGGCCCUUGCCUUAUGAUGCUGACCCAAGAUUCAUCCGCUUGCAGCGGGAUGGAUUGGUUUCUAGGCGUGAGAAAGGCACCAGUCAUUCUCAUGAGGAGACCGAACCUCUAAGAAGUGAUACCGAUGCAGAUUCAGAGUAUUUGAGUACAGGAGACAAAUGGAAUGGAUCUGCUUGUGAAGAGGGAUCAAAAGAACAUCGUUCCAGAUCCUCGUUGAAGUUAUCAUCGGCAAAAGCAACAACUGGAUUCGGUAUCAUCUAUACAUCUUCAGAAGAAGAGGAUGUAUGCCCAACAUGUCUUGAAGAAUAUACUCCAGAAAACCCCAAAAUAAUUACAAAAUGCUCUCAUCAUUAUCAUCUUGGUUGUAUAUAUGAGUGGAUGGAGAGAAGUGAAAGUUGUCCUGUUUGUGGCAAGGUCAUGGCAUUCGAUGAAACGACUUAAUCUUGAUUGACUCGUCGUUGAUGAAUCCAGCAACAUCAGGAAGAUAGAAUACUAAAGAACGUGGUGCCACUGUGAAUACUGCAUGUUGAAAAAAGUGUCAUUCCUAGUACAUAAGUUAAUUUCUGAUAACCGAUGUUGUAAUUAUCCAAAUGUUUUUGUUUUCCUAUGGAAGAAAAAAUGUGUUGAUUCUUGCGGUUAUACUUGCAUUUGGCAAAAGUCAUCCAAGUAUAACAUUACACCAGUACAGAGAAAACUUUCUGUGCAGCUUAUAUACGUCUCCAGUGUUAUUUUUUCGGGGUGUUA